AUGGACCAAGAUCAAGAUCAGCAGCUCGACGUGACGGUUGACCAGGAGGAGCUUCGUGAAUGGUCGCCGCCUCUUACUGAUUCUGGUUUCAAUCUCACUACCCACGGCCUUGAAUGCAUCCCACAGGAACUCCUUGACGUUGAGUGCUCAAAGCUCUAUAUUGAGUUUUUGCUACAGUUCAUGGAGCCGGCAACAGAAGGCCCAGACUCGGACAACAUAGCGGUUACUACACAUACCGUUUUGAAGGCCGACUUCGUGACUCCUCAUGACCAGUACAAAGGCGUUCGAAUUGCCAUGAACCUGGACACGCGAGACUUUUAUCCAGAAUUGGGAGUGUUGGGCGUACAGUUUCGCACAUACUCGGGAAAGACUACAUCGUCGAUACGUACUUUUGUCUUUCCUCUCCACGGCUCCGUGAAAGUUGGUCAGAUACUCGAGGCGAUUACUAGCAAAAGGAUGCAGCAUUUCUCGUUUGAUUAUGACGCCAAUGACAAGACCUGUGGAUGCACUGACUUCGUUACCCAAGCUUUCUACCAACUCCAAGUCCGAGGCUAUGUUAGUCCUCAAGUCGAAAGCAUCCUUCCGGAGGAGCCUCAGAUGCCUAGCGGGUUGACUGCCUAUGAUAUUCUAUCUAUGGCAUUCAAUCGUCAAAGAGGACAUAUCGAACGUUCUAUCGGCAGAGGUAAAUUCUUGUGUUACACGCGUGUUGAAGAACCCUACAUGGGAUAUGAUGAUGAUACAGCCUCGAUGGAGGUUGACUGA